UGAGCUCGCUUUCAUGUUGCACGUUCGCAUAUGCGAGCAACCGUUCCCUCGGCGCGCCGCGUUUUUGAUCGCGAAUUCCGUUCCCGAAGAAAACGGGUCACCGUUGGACCAGUUCGCCGCGGGUCGAGGAACCGUGACAGGAAGCGCGAAGAGCGGCGACGGGUCGCCAGGGUACCCGAAGCCAUGGUACCGUCACCGUGAUCCAAUUGCGCCAGUACCAAACCUUCUUGUGACUCCUGAGACUUUGUAUCGGGAUCGCGCGCGUGUGCGCGUGUCCAUGUGAGUGCAAGUGCGGGCUCGUUGCAGUGUACCCUAUGUUACCCGAGUACCCGGUGUGUACCCGGUUUAUCCAGUGUCUUGUGUACCCUCUGCACUCGCGUGUUUCCUCGCACCCUGUGUGUGCGCGCGUAGCCGGAUUUCCGCGCGCGAGCGAAUACACUGCUUUCGCUGUGUGCGCUUGCCUAAUCUCAGGUGCGUAUGAUUACAUUUGCGCGGGCGCACUUGUGCUCGUUCAAACGUGUGCGCGCAAAUCUGUGUCCCCGUGUGCGUGAUUACUUCCGCGAGCCGCGAUAAGCGAUUGCCAGGUGCAUCGAGGAACUUUGUAGUACCCGGAUGGAAUGACCCUGCUUGGAAACCGAACCGAUCCAAUCGACCGAACACCUGAGAUCGAUCGAGCCCAGUGGCAACCUUGAUGACCUAAAAACCGCUCAGCAUAAUCGAUUCGCGAGAAUGACGGUGCUCGGAGGCUGAGGCUGCCGUUCAAGGUCGCAAUUCGCCUCCCUUGGGGAUUGAACCAGUGAAAAGACAAACUGUUCGCAAAGUUCGAGAAAGAAACGUUACGCGACAGGGCCAGGCAGGGGUGGGUCGGCGAUCUCUUCGAAAAUGCGAUCUUCCAAUUGACGAGCGCGAUUCUGGCGCUGGAAGGAUCGCGACGAUAGAUUAGGGGCAUUUCGACAAGCGUGGAAGACAGUUCCAGGGCUGCAAGGAAGAGGCAAGGUGACGGAAACAAGGGUGGCGGACGGGGAGGAGGAGGAGGACGAGGAGAAGGAGGCGAAGAUGACGGGCAGCCGGAGCAGGGAAAUAAAUCCGGACGUGGGGAACCAGGGCCAGAAGCACACGGUUCACUGGUUCCGUAGGGGGCUCAGGCUGCAUGACAACCCCUCGCUGAGAGAGGGGCUGGCAGGCGCGGCCACCUUCCGAUGCGUCUUCGUCUUGGACCCCUGGUUCGCCGGAAGCACCAACGUCGGCAUCAAUAAGUGGAGGUUCCUGCUACAGUGCCUAGAGGACCUGGACUGUUCUCUGAGGAAGUUGAACUCCAGAUUAUUCGUGAUACGAGGUCAGCCAGCGGACGCUUUGCCAAAACUCUUCAAGGAAUGGGGCACGACGAACCUGACCUUCGAGGAGGACCCAGAGCCAUUCGGUCGUGUCAGAGAUCACAAUAUUUCUGCGCUGUGCAAUGAGUUGGGCAUCUCGGUGGUCCAAAGGGUCUCGCACACCCUCUACAAGCUAGACGAGAUCAUCGAGAAGAACGGGGGCAAGCCGCCGCUGACGUAUCAUCAAUUUCAAAAUGUCGUGGCCAGCAUGGACCCGCCGGAACCACCGGUGCAGACCGUCACCUCCGUCUGCGUCGGAUCGGCCUAUACGCCCCUCAAGGAGGACCACGACGACCACUAUGGCGUGCCUACCCUCGAAGAGCUUGGUUUUGACACGGAAGGGCUUCGACCACCCGUCUGGGUAGGCGGCGAAAGCGAAGCUCUGGCAAGACUGGGUCGACACCUCGAGAGAAAAGCGUGGGUGGCCAGCUUCGGCAGACCGAAGAUGACUCCACAGUCCUUGCUGCCCAGUCAAACUGGCCUAUCGCCCUAUUUAAGAUUUGGCUGCCUGAGCACCAGGCUCUUUUACUACCAGCUUACCGAUCUCUAUAAGAAGAUUAAGAAAGCAGUUCCACCAUUAUCGCUGCACGGCCAGCUGUUAUGGCGCGAGUUCUUUUACUGCGCAGCGACCAAGAACCCUAACUUCGAUCGAAUGCAGGGGAACCCGAUUUGCGUGCAGAUUCCCUGGGACAAGAACGUGGAGGCUUUAGCCAAGUGGGCAAACGGCCAAACGGGAUUUCCGUGGAUCGACGCGAUCAUGACGCAGCUACGAGAGGAGGGCUGGAUCCAUCACUUGGCCAGACACGCCGUAGCCUGCUUUCUUACCAGAGGCGACCUUUGGAUCUCCUGGGAAGAAGGAAUGAAGGUGUUCGACGAGCUCCUGCUGGAUGCUGACUGGUCCGUCAACGCUGGCAUGUGGAUGUGGCUGUCUUGCAGUUCCUUCUUCCAACAAUUCUUUCAUUGCUAUUGCCCGGUGAGGUUCGGCAGGAAAGCCGAUCCCAAUGGCGACUACAUCAGGCGUUAUCUCCCAGUGUUGAAGAACAUCCCUACGAGAUACAUCCACGAGCCCUGGAAUGCACCACUCAGCGUACAAAGAACCGCUAAGUGCAUCAUCGGUCAAGAUUACUCGCUGCCGAUGGUGAAUCAUGGCAAGAGCUCCAGGAUCAACAUCGAAAGGAUGAAACAGGUGUACCAGCAGUUGAACAAGUAUCGCGGCAACGGCACCUCUCUUAAAGGCGAGACCGUCGGGUUGCUGAACGCGUUGCCUCCCCAAUUGGUGAAGGAUGGCGAAGAGGAGGCGAAGAAGCAGGCGUCGCCAUCACCAGAGAGCCAAACGAGUAUCGAGCCCCUAAGCAAGGUGACCCAGCAACAACAGCAGCAACAACACUCGCUUCAAUAGCGACAACUGCAAUUAUGUUGUGACGACCUGCUAUUGAUGCGAUUAUCAGCGGGAUGUGAUCUAUCUCGGCGGCUGCGAGAUGCUUUUUUAUUUAUAAGGAAAUAUUUAUUCGCGUUCUUCGGCGCGAGAAUCAGUCCGUUACCGCCGCGCGUCCUUAAGGGGGGAAAAGCUCGUGUAAUCUUCAGUCAUUUUAUUUUUAGCAGUCAAUUUCAGUUCGAAUUUUUCGAUUCAAAUUGGAAAUGGAUCAGAGAUGCGUUCGCGCAAUUUAAAAUCGAUCAUAAGUCUGCGAAUAUCUCGAAUUUCCCAUGGUAACUACGAGAACAAUUUUGUAAACGUAUAGUGAUUUGAUUCAUGCAAAUAUGAGUUAGAUUCUUUUAAUCGAUUAGACGAGCCAUCUCCCAUAAUUCACCCACAUUCGUUUCGUUAUUCAUUCGAAUCACCCUGGUCGUGACUUCUUUAAUACUUAUCAACGGGAUCGACCUGUUGACCUGUUGACCUGUUAUGCGGGCGACUUUUGCCUCGGCGCUAGAGCAAGCGCAAUCAACGCCGCGCUUCAAAUAAUAUUGAGAAAAAAGGAGCAUGCACAUUAAAGACGAUUCGCUUCUCCUAUUCCAAAUGCAAUUUCCUGUCAGACACCACGAUACCAUUUUGUAAACUUCGUCCCAAAAGCAGCUACAAGAUUCCAAAAGUAAAACCUCGUGGUAUCAUUGAACAGAGUCGUCGAUGUCCUUCGAAUAACUUUGAGAACGAGAUCAAACGAAGAACUACAGCUUAAACCAUCGUGUCAAGCCUUGUCCCUUCUUUCCAUCUCCGUCAGAAGCAUUCAAGUCUCCAGUUUCCCAAUUUGUAUAGUUCUUAGACUCAUUAUGGAGAGUUGGCAUAACAGCCUGUCGACGAGUUGAUUCGUCAGCUACCGGUUAACAGGUAGUCAGGGUUCCGAGAUGUUCUCGGACGUCUGCUGGCACCAUUCCCGAGCGAGAGAACCGUCGUAAUUGUAACGUCGACGAGUCGUUAACGCGAUGCUCGAUUAGGGGUGUCGGCCACCCCCGCGGCCAAGAGAUCGCGACGUCUAUUUUCGGAUGGCAUCGUAGCGAUGACGCGUGCUCUAUAUUCUUAUCGCUGUACAUAAAAACGCGUGCGUCACGAAUAAAUUUUUCAUGCAAA